AAUAAGUGAUUCAAUGGGGGAUUUCCUGAUUCCAAACUUAUGAAAGGGGUGUAUUCACAAAAAAGACACUGACUACAAUAAGGAAUAGGGAAUAACUUUGCUUAAUAAAUUGCAAUAUCAUAUAACAUUACAUCUAUACAAGGAGAGCUUGAGAAGAGCAUUCUGAUUGGUUAAGACUCCAGUAAAAAGAAAUAUAAAUAUGCAGCUAUCAUUUUGAAUCGGAUAUAAAGGAAUUCGACCAACAAAUUUACUAUUACACUGUUAGGAUAGGCUAGCAGAAUAGAAAUAACACACACGUUUUCCGGUGACAGUAUUUUAAAACAAGAUGUUUUUAGUGUCAAAAACUUUUAUCACGGACUUAAUCUUGAUAGGAUUUGUAUUGGUUUGCAUUGUGCAUGAACACGAGGCCGCUUUAUUCGAACGCCAGUCUCAGAACAAAAACUCAACAAGAACUAGCGAUGAAAAAUUGGAACCAGGUCCAUUGUUAUUCCGACCAUCAGCAAGAACAUCGCAUUUCUCAGGAUGCGAACGUUUCUUUGUCGAAAACGUCGAACCAUCUCUGACUGGUACCGCCAGUAAUAAACGCUCGAUUUGUCACAUUUCACAGAAGGGACAGUUGUUGUUCGGUUUUGCCGCUCAACAUGAUGUGAUAAGAAAGAUACCAGACUGGAGUGCAUUUAGAAUAACACAAAUUGAUACAAAUGCAAGAAGGAGUACUUAUUUUAAACAAGAUGAGAGCCUGAAGCCUAAAGACAGCCAAGCGAGCAAUGCCGACUAUACAGGGUCUGUUUUUAAUAAGGGUCACCUCAUCGCAUUUAGUUUCCAGCCUCCCGCCAAAGAAGCAAGCGUUACCAAUUUGUAUACAAACGCCGCUCCUCAGUAUCCGUCCUUUAAUCAACAUAUAUGGUACCCGAAAGGAGAGCAGCGCCUCAAGAAGUAUGCUAAGGACGAAUGUUUGGCAAAAGAUGGCGCCAUGUAUGUUGUUGUAGGUACGCAAGGUGAAAUUGGUCGCAUAGGCAAUCGACAAGUAACUAUACCAAAAUAUUUCUGGACCGCCGCUUGUUGUAUAAUGAAGGAUAAAGUUGCAUCGUUCGCAUAUUACGGAGAAAACAAAGAGAAGGACAGUAGCGUACAAGACGUGAGUGUUUCUCAAUUACAGACUUUCCUGAAAGGAAUAAAUUACGAAAUAAACAUUUUCCCAGCGAACUCGAAGUGUGCUAACAGCAACAAUAUUGUGGAAAUAUAAUAAUAGACAGUCUUAUACUGUCCACAUCUUACAGAAUAUUUAUAGGAUGUCCUAUGAUUUUGAGGAAUAUCAUUUUUAUUUACGAGGUGAUAUUGAUAUCUGCACGCGAGAGCGGAGCGAACGAUUGCACAUAUCAAUAUCACCGAGUAGAUUAAAAUGAUAUUCUUAGUAGUGUAAAUGUUUAAUAUCAUUGAAAAAUAAAUUUCAUGUCAAAUAGUUCAAUUUUGCGGGAAAUCAAAAAGCGGAGUAUAUCGUCACGAUAUCCUCCGCAUAUUGGUUUUCCGGAGUAUAUUGUGGCGAUAUCCUCCGGUUAUUUAUUUUGCCAAUAGAUAUUAAAUUUAUUUUUUCGAUGUUAUUAUACAUUUAGUACACUAAGUGGAGGAUAGUGUUCUGUAUUUGACAAUUUAUAUCUUAUAAUAACAUAUUUGUACCGACUCGAC